CACUGUCAUCAUUUCACAUCUGAUAGAUUCCAUAUGUUUAUUACAUUUGUUGAUUUUUUCUGAAAAACUGACAUGGAUGAACAUAAUAUUCCAAUCGAUAUUCACGUGAAUAAACUGCUCGAUUGGCUCGUAACUCGUCGACAUAUCUCUAAAGAAUGGCAAAAAGGAGUAUUAGAAAUUCGAGAGAAGAUAAACAAUGCAAUUCAAGAUAUGCCAGCUCAUGAUGGUAUUCUGAAGCUUUUAUCUGGACAACAUGUAAACUAUUUUCACUGUUUGAAAAUUGUUGAGAUCCUCAAAGAAACGGAAGCUGAUACGAAGAACAUAUUUGGACUUUACGGGUCUCAACGAAUGAAAGACUGGCAAGAUAUCGUUUCUAGUUACCAAAAAGAUAACAAGUAUCUUGCUGAAGUUUCCCAAAUGCUUGUGCGAAAUAUUAGUUACGAAAUUACUAACUUGAAGAAACAAAUCAGCAAAUUGGGACAAGCCCAAUCUGAUUGUGAAAAAAAAAUCAAGGAAUAUUCUAAAACCGAAACUGCUUCUUUGAAAGAAUUUGAUGCAUUAUGUAAACAGCUGGGAAUACCAGGAAAGAACAUAAGAAAUGAACUUUUAGAACUUAUCAAGGAUUUGCCUGAAAUUUAUGAGAAGUCAGCAACAAAAAUGAAAACAUUAGUACCGGCAAUUGAGUUAUAUGAAGCAUUCCAUGAAUACCUUUCUGGUAAAAAGUACGAGGUUCUAAAAACUCUGAAAUAUGUUAUUAAAAAUGGAAACACAACAACGUAUGAAUAUCUUAAAGGAAGAAAACCAAUCAAGAUUGAUCUUCCUGAAGUGAAAUCACCUUCAGAAGGUACAGAUAAUACUUCAAGUAAUGAAAUAGAUUUCGGAGAUGACAUAGACUUUGGAGUUGUCAAUGAAAGUAUUGAUUUCGAAGUGAGUUCAAAUGAUGACAACAUUGAUUGGUCCCAGAAAACUGACGAUGAAUUUGAAAUAAUUGAUCAUUCAGAAACUACUUCAAAAAUCGCAGAUAUCGAAAUUGAAGUGGUUGGAGACAGCAGUCCAGCCAUGAGCAGUGAUAACAGCGGGGAUAAUGGAGUAGCAACAGGUGCUGAUGCUUUGACUUUGUUAGACAAUCCAUCUAUUAGAGAAAACGUUAUGAAUGAACUUUUGGAACUAGAAGCAUUCUUAAAAAUGCGUACUUUCGAAAUGACAAAUGAGUCUGACCUUAUGUGGGUUCCACAACUGCAAAGUGCACCUUCAAUUAUUCAACUCCAAACACUAGAAACAAUUAACGCCCUAACUGCUGUUGUUAGUGACACUUAUAAUGACAUUACAGACAAAAGAACACAGCAUCUUCAUAAUCUCAAGCAUUCUUCAAAUUACGUAGAUAUUCUAACUUCCAAUUUGAAUCAGAAACUGUCUCAAGUUAAUAGAAUGAAAACUGCUAAAGCGGACAUGGAAACUAAAAUAUUGAAUUGUCAAAAAGAAGCAGAAGAAGUGGAAAAACAACUUCUGAAGGUUAUCAGUCAAACAAAGGAACUCCAGAAAAAUAUAGAACAAGAUAUUUCUGUCAAGUAUAAGGGGAGGAUUGUUAAUUUAGUGGGCGGUAUAAGUGCUUUGACUUAUACGCCAUCUAUUGUUAAAGCUUGAAAAUUUAUUGAAUUUAUAUAUAUAAAAAAACAAUGUACAGAUAUAUAUGGUUUAUUAAAAAGGUUUUAGAGAUA